AGGACUUUUAUUUUCGUCUGGCGUUGUGACGUUAUAAGUAUGCGCCGCGCUCCGCUGCAUCUGUUGUGAUUCGGCUGAAGAAAGAAGAAACUCCUGGUGAAGCAGCUGAGAUCCACGUGACAUACAGUUAUAAAGAUGACGUUUAUUAAAGAGGAGAGUGAAGACUUGAAGAUUGAAGAAGCAUUCAGAGUCAAACAAGAAGAGGAACAAACAGACCAGAUGGUGCUGAAAGUGGAGAAUCAAGAACUGAAAGAGACGGAGGAGAAAGAUCAGUAUGAGAAACACCAUGAUUUCAUAACUGGAGAGAAAUCUACUCAGAAUGAAAAGACUUCUUCACAAAAAAGAGCUCAGAAAACCACGUCGAACAGUUAUUUUAGUUGCCAUCAAUGUGGUAAGAGUUUCACUCAAAAACAAAGCCUUAAAAUCCACAUGAGAAUUCACACUGGAGAAAAGCCUUUCACCUGCCAACAGUGUGGACUAAGUUUUACACAUAAAGAAAACCUUAAUACCCACAUAAGAGUUCACACUGGAGAGAAGCCUUACAAAUGUCAACACUGUGGACAGAAUUUUGCACAUAAAGGAAACUGUAAUGCCCACAUGAGAAUCCACACUGGAGAGAAACCUUUUACCUGCACACUUUGUGGGAAGAGCUACUCACGAAAAGAAUGUCUUAAGACUCACAUGCGAACUCACAUUGGAGAGAAGCCAUUCGUAUGUGGUCAGUGUGGAAAGAGUUUCAGAUGUAAAGAAAACCUUAAUCAGCACAUGAGGAUUCACACAAGAGAGAACUGUUUUAUAUGUAAUGAGUGUAGGAGGAGUUUCACAGAUGGGAAUGACCUGAAGAAUCACAUAAUAACUCACAUCAGGGAGAAGCCUUUCAUGUGCCAUCACUGUGGAAAGGCUUGGACAAGCAAAUCAAUCCUUGAGAUUCACAUUAGAACUCACACUGGAGAGAGGCCUUUCACAUGCCCACAGUGUGGAAAAGGCUUCACACAUAAAGGAAACCUUAACAUCCACAUGAGAAUUCACACUGGAGAGAAGCCUUACACGUGUCUAAAGUGUGAAAAGAGUUUCACAUAUCUAAGAGACCUAAAAUGUCAUUUGCAAACUCAUUCUGGAAAGCAACCAUAAUGUUUACAGGAGUAAACAGGAGGUUUACAAAAUACAGCAGUUUCAGAAAUCUGAAAAGACGCUGGUUAUUCACUUCCCCCACUUCCUGCCAGACCCAAGACUCAAACCAGUAACAAGUUGAAGAAAAAAGCAUGUCUGAAAAUGGACUGAAGUCAAUGAGAUUUCUGACAUCACGUCACUUUUGAUCAGAAGGUUCUUAAAUCAUGGUUAGGUUCACAUGAAGACAGGCUGUGUUUGUCUUCUCCACUUUAGUGCUGUUCACUGGGCUGAUGGAGAAAAAUACCUUGGGAAAGAAUGAAACACGCUUUGGUUGACCUACUAGAGGAAAAGUCUUGGGUUCCUGAGAAAAGAAUUGCGUCUUCAAGUGUGUUAGAGAUGCUACUUGUUUGUGCUCCGCAAUAUUGUUUCUUUUGUUCUUUAAUAAAUACAAGUCUGAUUCACACUA